GCAGGUAAACAGGCUCUCCGAGGAACUGUUCCGCCGCUGCUUUGGUUCCGAGGUACAAACAUGGCGUCCGCCGCGCUGAAGGUUGCAGUGGCAGGUCUCUCCAGAUGUUCUCGUCUAACACUCAUGAGGGCCCAUUCAACGACAGCACCCCUCCGGCAGGGCGUCCCUGGGUCAGUGUGGAAGCUGGGGAGGCUGAACCACAUUGCCAUUGCUGUCCCUGACAUGGAGAAGGCCACGGCUCUGUAUCGGGACGUGCUGGGUGCCACAGUGAGUGAUAAGGUGCCCCUGCCUGAGCACGGCGUCUACACGGUGUUUGUGGAGCUCGGCAACACUAAACUGGAGCUGCUCCAUCCUCUGGGGGAGAAGAGCCCGAUCGCUGGAUUCCUACAGAAGAACAAGUCUGGGGGGAUGCAUCACAUUUGUAUUGAGGUGGACGACAUAAAUGCUGCCAUAGCUGACCUGAAAGCAAAGAACAUCAGAACUCUGUCAGCAGAGCCUCGGAUAGGUGCUCAUGGGAAACCAGUGAUGUUCCUUCAUCCUAAAGACUGUGACGGUGUGCUGGUGGAGCUCGAAGAAGCGUGAACACCUCAGUCUGACACCGAUUGUGGGAGCUGUUAAUUCACAUUUAUAUAUUCCACAGUUUGAAAACAAAUGUUGAUUUUGUAAUAUUUGUCUUCACGGCAUUUAGGUUUGUGAUCUUCUCAUUUUGAAAUGUGCCUCAGAGUUGUUCCCGCAGAUCUGCUCUUGACUUUCCUGUUGUGUUGGGAAUAAACUGUAGUGUGGUGUUCAA